ACAGAAGAGAUCCAUGGUUCAUAAGUAGGAAACCGGCCUUAAUUGACAAGACUCGUUUGGGGGUGAAACUGAGGAGUUCUAGUGAGAACUAUAAAGUAAAACGUGCUCAAUGUGGAGUAUAACAAGGAUGGGUGAUCUUAUGGGAAGUCACCUUGAAUUGCACCUCAAGUCGAAAACCAUGAGGGUCGAGGCUAUACAUGGGGGCUGGGUCGUGCUUGGGCCGACACGGGCCCGCUUCGGGCCCAUUUUUUUCGUGCUGUACUUGGCACGACCGUCAGUUUUCGUGUCGUGCCAUGCAAGCCCAUUUGUUAACUUUGCUAGGCCAGGCUCAGGCCCGGGCAUGGUUCGAAUCGUGUCGUGCCUAUUCGUGCUCGUGCCAUGCUUGUACUCGUGUUUAAUGAAAAGGACGAAAACUAAAGAGAGAAUGAAAAAGAAGGUGAAAAUUGGAUGGAGGAAGAUAGUAUUAACCGAUAAUGUUUAAGAAAAGUAACAAAUAAGGGGGAAAAGAAAAUUGGAAGUAUAGCGAGUGUGAUUUGACUUUGUUUAAUUCUUUGUCCAUUUUUAUUUAUGUUAGUAAUUACAUAUAUAUCUUUAUGACACUUCUAACAACAACAGAUAAUUAUUUUUCUACUUGUGUUUUGUAAUAUUUGAACCUAUAAUUUUUAUAUUUAUUUUCUAUCAAAUAAAUAUUAUUUUCGUGCCAUGUCCAUUCAUUCUUAUACUCAAUAAAGUCUCGAAAAUAUUAGGCCCGACACGGCUCACUUAUAUACCGUGCCGUGCCCGUGCUCGUGCCCAUAAAAUUUAGGCCCGACACGGCCCAUAUAUUAUUCGUGCUCGUGCCAGGCUGGGCCCCUUAUUUCGUGCCCGUGCUCAUGCAGUGUUCUAACCGUGCCGUGCUAACCCGUGGGCGGCACGACCCGGUGCCCACGUGCAGUCGAGGCCCAAAGCGGACAAUAUCUUCGUCAGGACAAAGUUCGGGAUAUUACAGUAUGUCUAUGUCAUGAAAAUAAAAUUUUUUGUUAAUCCACCAUUAAUAUAUGGUAGACUUUGGUGAGAUUUUUGCCAAUUCAAACUUCCGCUUCUCUCCUUAACUUUCGGCAAGGGUAGUAUUGUAAAUGCUGGAUACUUUUUUUUGCUGCCGGAUUGUGUUUUGUUUUUCGUUUCACAGUUGCUCGAUCCCUAGCCUUCUUCCCCUUUUCUUUUCACGGACACAAUGCUCAAUAGUCAAUAGUCAAUAGCUUUUGAUUUUCAUUCUCUUCCAUCCCACAGCUUACAUAAUUAAUGCUUUUUUAUUUAGAAGCCACCGACAGUGAGAUUAGAUUGCACAGACUCGCCAAUGACCUGAGAGUAACUAAGCUAUGAUUUGAAAGAUCUGGAGGAGAUUGCUACCCAAACCUAGAUUUUUUUUUUCUCGCUUCUGUAACCCAAAGGCCAAAGCCAUUUGAUUUGGUUCUCAUUUGCGAACUGGGAUCCCCGCCUUCAACUGUUGAUUUUGGCCUCGAUAGUGAACGAAAUCCCACAAUCUAGCGGAGCUUCAGUGCUUCACCAGCUGGCCCUCAUCUUCAAGACCCUCUGCCUUCCAGUGAUUUUUGUUUUCGGGCGCUCUAAACCUCAACUCCCUGUCCUUGCCGAAUCAAACCAUAUCGGAGUGGUAACAGGUUUUCCUUUGCUUCUUUCUGUACCUUUGUUUUUUUCUCAUUUCCGUCAAUCUCCUCUUAUUUUAAAUAAAACAACCGACAGAAUCGUGAGUUCUACUGAUGCUUUACUCUCAAAGAAAUGCAGAGGGAAAUCAGAAGAAAAAGGAAAUUAGAUAGGGAAAAACCAGAGCAGCUUUUUGGUGGGAGCACACGGUACUGUACACUUUCCAUACUUAGGAUUUUUAUGCUCUGUGGUUAAUUUGUUUUCAGCUUCAAAUCCCAUUACUACUGCGUACACAAACGGUGAUUCUUUUACACAUUUUCACUUAUGCAGUUAUGCGUCUAAACUUUAAGUCCCUCAUGAACUUGGAAUUCGUGGUUAUCAAUUGUUCAAGGACCGCAAGAGAUGUUCAAUGAGUAUAAUUUUAAGAUGAGACAUUUCAUAGUGCACUAGAUCGGAUAAAUGAAGAUGAUGUUCAACAAAUUCAGCUCAAGUUGAUUGGUAGUCGAUCAAGUUGCAGGAGAGAGUAUGAUUUAUCUUCGACUAAUGAAAUUGUUGCACUAAUUCUUGAUGAAACAAGAGAAGAAACAUUUGGACCGGGUAUUGUGGCAUUCAGAUUUUACGUAUCAUCAUCAAAAUGAGGCAAAUGGUGAAGGAGAGCAGACUAUUUCAUAGUGUGAUUAUUAUAGCUAUCGAAUUCAGACACGUGUUGGGGAGUCCAAUUCAUUAUAGUUUGGGAGAAAAUUAUUUCAUUAAUAUGUCUUAAACACAUGCUAUGGGGGAAGCUGAGCGGCUAGAUUGGAUCCGCAACAAUCAAUCUAAAUUGUGUGCUCAUUAUUUCUAAAAAUUGACGGAUGCAUCUAUGCGAGGAGAUAUAUAGUUGAAAUUUAGUGGAAAACAUAUAAUUCUUUCUGCUGUAGCCCAUGGCAUAAAUAUUAAAUUUUUAAGAUGCAACGGUAAUUUGUCGAUUCAUAAGUAAUCCAGAUUUGUUUAUCACAUAAGUUGAUCGGAGAUUCAGUUCACGCUUGACGUGUACAUACAUUGUUCUAUUUGUCUCAUGUAGUUAUACAUGGAAUUGGGCUCUGUUGCGCCCAAGAGAAAACUGUAUCUACAUAUUUCAAACUGUGUAUAACUUUACAUUUGCUUUCUCUUGGGACAAUAUUGAAUAGAUCUUAUAUAAUUUAUGUUAAGGCUCUAAAUGAAUGCCAAGCCCCUCACUAUAGUACCAUACUUAUUCAUCAAAAAAAAAAAAAAAAAAACAACUGACCAUACUUUUGCACUUUAGCUUUCUAAUCCACUAUGGGCACAAACUUUUCCCCUUUCAACCAAGGUUGUUAAACCUCUACUGGCCUGGUCCGAUCAUUUUUUGACUCCAAUACGGUCUCAAAAAAUUCGUGAACUGACCAUUAGAGAAGUUGAAAAACAGAUGGAAAAGAGAGGGAAGGAGGAUGGUGGGUGGGUCAUGUAAAUUUUUUUUUUAUUGGGAGGUGAUUUCUAAUAAUUAUAUUUAAAGUAAAUUUCAUUUUAGUUA